GUUCGGCCAAGUGUCCUUUAGCUUUGGUCAUAGUGCCAGAGGGCGUGUGUGGCAUUAUGCCUUUUCAACUCUUUCAAAACCCUAAUUCUAUCCUCACCGUGUCCUUCUCUUCCAGUUACCCCAUAACCACUCUUCUUUAGACACAAAAACACUCUUUAUGACAUGGUCGGCAAGGUCUCUGCCCAGCAACCGCCGCAACGACAUAACGCUUGGACCGCGGAUUCUACGGCUACAAGAUCCGUGGCUGCCGAAGGCAUGGACCAGGCGUCAGCUUCUAGUGAUUCAGAUGAUGAUUUCUUUUGCAAUUUUGAGACCAUGGACAUGUGGCAGGGACUAAAACUUAAAGUGAAACUAGAUCUUGAUGAAAAGAAAAAGAAGUCAAAGGUGGGGGCACUGGUGAGCAGUGAUGAUGAAGAAGCAAACGAGGAUCUCAGCCUUAAAAUUGUGGAGAAACAUCUUUUGAUGCAUGCAGCCAAGUUAGUUCAGAAUGACGAUGAUGAUGACAACAAUGAUGUCGUAUUAGAUGGUGAGAAGGUGGAUCUCUCUUCUUCGUCUUUGCUAGAAUCUGAGAUUGUCACUGCUGGUUCUAGUAGGAUCAAUGAUGAGACUGUCAUUGAUGACAAGAAGAGUGAUAAUAAGAGAAUUAAGGUUAAGAAAAAGAAGAAAAAGAUUGAGAAGAUGGAAAAUGGGGGCCAAUCUGUUAUUGCAAAGGAAGUUCAUGUGGAGACAGUUGAGAAUGGUGAAGAGGCAGUUAAAGCUUCAGAUAUAUCAGAUAAUAUCGUUCUGCGAAAGCUUCUUCGGGGGCCAAGGUAUUUCGAUCCUCCAGAUAGCGGUUGGCAAACUUGUUAUAAUUGUGGUGAAGAGGGGCAUAUGGCUGUGAACUGUUCAUCUGCUCUGAAGCGGAAGAAACCAUGCUUUAUUUGUGGGAGUUUUGACCAUGGUGUCAAACAAUGUUCCAAGGCACAAGAUUGCUUUAUUUGUAAAACAGCUGGUCACCGUGCAAAAGAUUGUCCAGAGAAAUACAAGAGUAACUCUCAAAAUGCCAAAGUAUGUUUGAAAUGUGGAGAUUAUGGGCAUGACAUGUUUUCAUGCAGGAACAUUUAUCCACUUGAUGACCUCAAGGAAAUACAAUGUUAUGUUUGCAAGAGUCAUGGCCAUCUGUGUUGUGUUGACGUCACUGAUACCAGUUCAACAAAAGUUUCUUGUUUCAAAUGCGGUCUGUCUGGUCACACAGGAUUGGCAUGCACUACAUUGCGAGGUGAAACCAUGGAUGCUGCAUCAGCUAGUUCAUGCUUCAAGUGUGGUAGAGAAGGACAUUUUGCACGUGAAUGCACAAGUUCCGCAAAGAUUCGUAAGAAGAAUUUUGAUUCAUCAACUCCAACACUUAGACCUCAUAGAGAAAAUAAAGACUACUUAGGAUACAGAUCUGCGCCUAAUGAUCGCGGUAAGGGUCAUAAAAGGGAAAAGACCCAAAAUGAAGAUAGUGGCUUUACAACGCCGCAAAAAUCUAGACAGAGAGGCGGUUGGAUAACAGAGGAUCCAGGAGAUUUCUCAUAUAGUAAGACCAAAAGGAGUCGAUGGAACUCUCCUGCAACACCUACUGGUAGGGGUCAUAAAAUUUGUGCUGUCAGUGCUGUUGGUCAUAUUUCAAGGUCUCAGUCAUCUAGGAAGAAAUCUGUUCAUCAUAGACAUGCCAUGUCCAGGUUUGACAAUUACGGCAAUGAUGGGUUUAGGAGUUAUGAUUGGUGGUAGAAGCCCAUAGAUAAUUUAUGAAUACUUAAGAGGGCCUUUUAGGGGGUUACUGAUUGAAAAGGAUGUUGCCUCUUGUGUUCCCCUUAUGGAUCAUUGCACCUUCUUUAUUCAAUAAUUUGAAUGAAGCGUUUUUAAAUUUUUUUUUAA